AUGGCUUCAAGCUGUUUUACAGGGGUAUCUGCACCAGUUUUUUCUAGUGAAAAUUAUGCAGCAUGGGCAGUGAAGAUGAAAGCCUACUUAAGAGCUUUUGAUUUGUGGGAUGUGGUUGAGAUAGAUAAGCAACCAAAUCCACUGCCAGAAAACCCAACACUGAAUCAAAUUAAGCACCAUUCUGAAGAAGUGGCUAAGAGAUACAAAGCUUUGUCUUGUAUCCAUUCAGCAGUUUCAGAGAUGAUGUUUGCAAAGAUCAUGGCUUGUGAGACAGCAAAGGAAGCAUGGGAUAAGUUGAGAUUGGAAUUCCAUGGAAGUGACAAAUCAAAGCAAAUGCAAAUUUUCAAUUUAAAAAGGGAAUUUGCUCUGCUUAGAAUGAAAGAUGGUGAAUCAAUUAAAGACUACAUUGAUAGGCUAAUGAAAAUUAUGAACCAGUUGACUCUUCUUGGAGAAGUAAUUUCUAAAAAUAAGGUUGCGGAGCAAGUAUUGGUGAGUUUGCUAGAAAAAUUUGAGGCAAAGAUCUCAUCUUUGGAAGAUUCGAAAGACAUAAGCACCAUGACAAUUUCAGAACUUUCAAACUCUUUACAAGCUGUGGAAUUGAGACAAGCUUUCAGAGAUGGAGUCAUAAUAUCUGAAGGAGCUUUUGUUGCAAACCAAACAACAAAAAUGCAUGCUGGUUCCAGUUCAAAUAAGCAGCAAUUUGGCAAGAAAGGCAAAGAAAAGAAGGAGAGCUUUGAUAGAAGACAAAAAGGGAAGAAAGAGGGUGUAAAGAAUUUGGUCAUAUGGAGAAAGUUUGCAAGAACAAAGGUAAAACAAAUCAGCAGCAAGCUCAAGUUGCUGAAAAGUUACAGGAGAAGGAAGAGCAACCUGAAGAGCAAUUGUUUACAGCAGGCUGCUAUGAAGCUCAAGUCCAUUCUCAAACCUGGUUAUUGGACAGUGGAUGCACCAACCAUAUGA